AUGAAGGCUGGUUUUAUCUUUGUGGACCUACGUGGCCUGUACCAGAUGUGAGAGAUGCAAUUGUUAAUAGUUUCGUAUCCUCAGGAGAAUUGACAAUAGGUGACGCAUCAGCAGCAGUAAAUAAGUUAAAGGACUUGGAGCGAUAUAUCUUAGAA